AUAUGUAUAAUAUAAUACAAUUUUAUGCAUGGGGGGUAAUUAAGUGGAAAAAAUCAACGUAGGCAGUCUAUUUGUGCUCAGCAGCUGCAUAUUGGGGCGCUUUGGAGCAACUGCGCAUGCGCGAGUUGUUCCUGCGACUGUUACUUCACGUCUCAAGACAUCUGCAUCCAGUCUAGUGACAGUUAUGGGCUGCUCUGUAAAGUAGGCCAGCUGUGUGCAGCAGGAGUUCAAUAACACCUUUUCAACUUGGUUUCCCACCAUGGCUGAAGAGGACUAUGACACCUUUGUGGAUUGGAACCAGAUGGGGGAUCAGGCGAAAAGCGGAAGUCCCACCAAGGUGGACUGUAAGGACCUCAGAGAGUUCAAGCAGAUGGCUCGCCAGGGUUACUGGGCAAAGAAUCACAAACUCCGGGCACAAGUGUACCAGCAGUUGAUCAAAACCAUCCCGUGUCGCACGGUGACUCCGGAUGCUGAGGUGUAUCGAGACCUGAUGGGAAGCGCAGCCACUAAAAAGCCGUCUUCUAACAUCCCGCUGCCAGAGUUUGUGGAUGGGGCCACUGUGCCACGCUACUGCCUGAAAGCAGAUGCAGUAGGCUCCGCCCACCGCAUAAUCAACUGCCUGGCUGGUCAGUUUCCCGACAUUUCCUACUGCCCGUCCCUUCCAGCCGUUACAUCCUUGCUCCUGCACUUCAGCGCCAACGAAGCUCAGUGUUUUGAGCAUGUGAGCCGCAUACUCGCGUGCAACGAGCCAGGCAAGCGGCUCCUGGAUCAGACCUUUCUUGCCUAUGAAUCUGGCUGCAUGACCUUCGGGGACCUGGCCAACAAGUACUGCGCGCCGGCUCACAAGCUGAUCGUGGCCACAGCCCAGGAUGUGCUGGAAGUCUACUCGGACUGGCAGCGCUGGGUGCUCGGCGACCUGCCCUUCAGCCACAUGGUUCGUGUCCUGGAUGUCUUCAUGGUGGAGGGCUACAAGAUUCUGUACCGCGUGGCCAUAGCGUUACUCAAAUUCUACCGGAAGCACCAGGCGGGGGCCGCAGCAGGACAGGGGAACCAGCAGCAGGAUUCCGCCAAAGUCAAGUCAGAUAUUCAGGCUUUCAUCAAAGGAAUCUCCUCCGUCGUCACGCCUGAUAAACUUCUGGAGAAGGCCUUCUCCAUUCGUCUGCUGAGUCGCAAGGAGAUCACGCUGUUGCAGCUGACCAAUGAAAAGUCCCUGCAACAAAAAGGCAUCACUGUCAAGCAGAAGAGAAAGAAUGUGCAGCUGGCACUCAACCCAGAGACCUUCUCCUCAGAGAUUGUCAGCACAAAGGAGAUGCGAGACAUCUGGUCCUGGAUCCCUGAGCGCUUCGCCCUGUGCCAACCUCAGCUCCUCUUCACCACGUCCACACAUGGCUGUAGCCUCAACAGAUUCUACUCCCACUGCGAAGGCUAUGAGCCCACUCUGCUGCUCAUUAGAACCACAGAUGGAGAUGUAUGUGGAGCCUUCCUGUCUACAGAUUGGGAAGAACGCAAGCGGGGUGGCAAUAAGCUAAGUUUCUUCGGCACGGGAGAGUGCUUCAUUUUUAGACUGAAGCCAGAGAUGGAGCGCUAUGAGUGGGUGGUGAUCCGCCACCCCGAGUUAGCCUCUGCCGUCAAGAAUCAGGGCCAUGAGGAUGCAGGUGCUUCUGACGGCCAAAACUCUGACAGCAGUAGCUUGCAGGAGCCAGAGAAGUUGGCUGGUGAGCUGUCGCCUUUCCUGUCCGCCCGCCAUUUCAACCUCAACUCGAAGAAUACGUCCAUGUUUAUGGCAGGAAACUUUGACUCCAUCAUCGUAGGCGGCGGAGAAGGCAACGCUCUCUACAUUGACUCCGAGCUGAACCACGGGCGUACUGGCCGGUGCACAACGUUCGACAAUCCUCCGCUGUGUGCUGAGAGCUUCCAGGUGUCCUUGCUGGAAGUGUGGGGCUUCCAGGACACCAUGGCCUCUUAAUCGCGUCCACUUUACGCAGUGAUGAUCACUUAUUCUAACAUAAUAUGAUAUUAAGUCCAGAAAUGUGUGUGCAAUGCAUUAAACCGAAGCCGUCCUGUAAAUUAGAUGUUAUUUAUUAACCUAAUUUCGUCAUGAAAAAUUAUAUUUUUUUGAUUUGUGUCUAUUUGUGUGUGUCUUUUUCUCGCUUGUGCGUACAUUUUCUAUUAAGUCAGCUGUGGUUUGUUUAGGUGCACAGUGGAAUUUGUGAAUGUGAAUUCUGAUCAUACAUUUUGUUUAAAGAUUGCAAAAUUCACCUUUAAACAACCCCUACGGUCCUAAAGGAAAUAUCAACGAUCAGAUAUUGUGUUAUUGUGCUUUUCCUCGUCUUUUUCUGGGACUGAAAUGUUAAAUGAAGUUGUUCCAAGUCAGCUAAAAGUUUCGUCCCUUAGUGGUAUACGUGUGAGCUCCAAAUGAAUUCCUGUGAUAUGUGCCUGUGAAUAUAAUGUGGUGAAUUGGAGAGUUGUCAUUUUGCACUAUGGUAAUGCCAAAGCUGUCAAUUGAGUGACCGCUAAGCAAACCUCUUUGUGCUUUUUUUUUUUUUUAAAUGAAUGUCUAUGGGUGCAGUUUGUUUUUGGUUAACAAGCAAUGUGACUGUAUGUUCUUAUUACUUUCCACCCAUUAUGAUAAACAGUGGUAAAAAGAGUCCACAAUUGUGGCAAAAAUGUUCUCACACUUAUGCAACCUUUUGAUAUUUGGAUUCUCCUGUAUGGUUAAACGUCAGUUAAAACGUCACAAGUGUCAUUUACAUAUGAAAAUACAUAUCAAUG